AAAAAAAAAAAAAAACAAACAUGUCUGCUGUCUCUCCGGUUUUGAGUGCAGAUGAGGACUCGCUCGAGCUUCACAUGGUGCGGCUGGAACUGGAGGAUGUGGAGAAGCAGAUCCGCAGCCUACUCGACAAGCAGGCCCAGCUGCUGGAGCGACAAACUGCGCUGGAAACAUCUUGUGCCUCUGCCCACAUAUCCAAGGUAAGCACACAGCGUGGUAUUUCCACUCCCAGCCCCUCUACGCCGUGUGUUUCUCUGUGCAGGGACCGUGCACCUAGGACUUUCCCAGCCGUGGUCUCCGUCACGCCGGCGCCAACACACCUCGGGCCUUGGGUGAACCAGCGGCGGAAGGCGCGGGCUGGACCCUCUCCACCUCCGGUGUUCGAGAUUCCAACCAGGAACCGCUUCGCCCCUCUCCGCCAGACCAGACCCAACGCUGUGAUCGUCGGGGACUCCAUUGUGCGGAACGUCCGUGUAGCCUCAUCUAAAGGUAAGGUGCGCACACACUGUUUUUCUGGUGCUUGUGUUCUUGAUGUCACUGCGCAGGUAUCCGGGAUCCUGAAGAAGGACGAGCGCAUUGGAGCGGUUGUGCUGCACGCGGGGACGAACGACACCAGGCUGCGGCAGACGGAGGUUCUGAAGAGGGACUUCUCCAGCCUGAUCGAGACGGUACGAGGCAGAUCACCCACCGCGAAGAUCAUCGUCUCUGGACCUCUUCCCACAUACAGACGUGGAGCAGAAAAGUUGUUUCGUCCUGAUGGCCUGCACCCCAGCAGCCUUGGAGCGGAACUGCUAUCAGACAACAUUUCCAAGGCGCUACACUCCAAGUGACUGCCUAGCGUAAGUACAUCUUCCAAUAAUAACAACAUUCAGUAUAAUCAAUGUUCAAUUAAAAAUCCGGCACCGGUAGUACAUACUAUAGAGACUGUGUCUGUUCCCCGAGCUAUACAAAUAUAUAGAAAAUCUCGGAAAGUCUAUCUUCGUAACCUAAUUAACAUAAAAUUAAAUCAUAUUGAAUGCACAGCCAGCACUUUUGAUCUGAAGCUAGGACUAUUAAACAUUAGAUCUCUUGCGUCUAAGGCUCUUAUUGUUAACGACAUCAUUACUGAUCAGGAAUGUAAUUUAAUGUGUUUAACAGAAACUUGGAUUAAACCAAACGAGUACAUAGCAUUAAAUGAAGCCAGUCCUCCUGGAUACAGUUAUGUACAUCAGCCUCGUUCAACUGGUAGAGGAGGAGGUGUUGGUCUCAUCCAUAGUAAAAAUCUAGUCGUCACACAAAAACCUAAGCAUAAAUUUAAUUCUUUUGAAAUUCUUUAUACCAGUAUAAGUUAUGUAGCCACAAAAAAUAAGUCAAUUCCUCUAAUUAUUAUUUACAGACCCCCAGGGCCAUAUACUGAAUUUCUUAGUGAAUUUGCAGACUUUGUCUCAAACCUGGUUGUGUCUGUAGAUAAAGCAUUAAUCGUCGGAGACUUUAAUAUUCAUUUUGAUAACCUGGAAGACCCUCUAAGAUUAGCGGUUGUGUCCAUCUUAGAUUCAGUAGGGAUUAAUCAGAACGUAAUCGGGCCUACUCAUAAUGGUGGUCACACUCUUGACCUCAUACUAACAUACGGACUAAGUAUAGAAAAUAUUAUCAUUCUUCCGCAGUCUGAAGUUGUCUCAGACCAUUAUCUUAUCUCGUUCAUAAUACGAAUUGAUCAUAAUAUUUCCACCUCGCCUCGCUACCGUGUAAAACGUACCUACACAUCAGCUACUGCACCGAGCUUCAUAAAUAACCUCGCAGAAACAUCAAUUAGAUUUGGAUCACCGUCAGAUCACAUAGAACUCGAUCAGGCGACUGAAAGCUUGGAGUCAACACUCCGCUACACGCUAGAUAGAGUGGCUCCACUCAAAAGGAAAAUAAUUAGAGAAAAAAAAUUAGCACCCUGGUAUAACGAUCAAACGCGAACCUUAAAACAGACAACUCGACAAUUAGAAUGUAAAUGGCGUCAAACCAAACUGGUGAUAUUUCAAACAGCAUGGAAGGAGAGCCUACUGAAAUAUAGGAAAUCUCUUGGCGAUGCUAGAAAAAUCUAUUUCUCCGCCUUAAUAGGAGACAACAAAAACAAUUCUAGAUUCCUUUUCAACACAGUAGCAAAAUUAACUAGGAAUAAAACCACUACAGAGAGAAACACUCAAUCAUUACAUAGCAGUGAAGAUUUCAUGAAAUUUUUCAUCGAUAAGGUUGAAAAUAUUAGACGUGAAAUACAGGCCAUUAAAUUAAAACCAGACAGUACUGUAACAAACCCAUUACAUGACAAUGUAGCAAUAUCAGAUCAAUGUUUAGAGUAUUUUGCUUCGCUUAGAGAGACCGAACUAGCUACAUUAAUCUCUUCAGCCAAUUCAUCAACUUGCAUACUAGAUCCCGUACCUACAUGUUUGUUUAAACAGAUUUGUCCAGGAGUAAUUGAACCACUUCUAAAUAUAAUCAAUUCUUCCCUAAGCACUGGCUAUGUACCUAAAUCGCUUAAAUUAGCAGUUAUUAAACCCUUGAUUAAAAAACCUGAUCUUGACCCGUCUCAAUUGUCCAGCUAUAGACCAAUAUCAAAUCUCCCCUUCAUCUCUAAGAUUUUAGAAAAGGUUGUAGCAAAGCAGUUAUGCUCGUACUUAGAUAGGAAUAACAUUCAUGAAAUGUAUCAGUCAGGGUUUAGACCUCAUCAUAGCACAGAGACAGCAUUAGUUAAAGUAGUAAAUGACCUUCUACUGACCUACGAUCAGGGUUGUGUCUCUCUGCUUGUGUUACUCGACCUUAGUGCAGCUUUUGAUACUAUAGAUCACACUAUUCUCCUUGAUAGAUUAGAAAAUGUUGUUGGUAUUAAGGGAACAGUCCUCUCCUGGCUCAGGUCUUAUCUGACCGAUCGUUAUCAGUUCGUAGAUGUAAAUGGUGAAUUCUCCAUGCGUACUGAGGUUACUUUUGGAGUUCCACAGGGUUCUGUUUUA